AUGCUCCUCACGAUGCCACCUCGAAUGUGUGAAGAUGUCGACUAUCCUCCUCAUCCAUUACCUACAACAGACCACUACAACCCUGUCAGACAUUCCCACUCUUACUCAACAACACUAGCCGUCAUUGUUUGUCUGAAGGCCGAAUUCAGUACGAAAAGAAUCAUAGCACCAAUGCGAACCGACCCAUUCGAACUGAAUCCAACCUCACAGACACCAUUUCAGCGGCCACCUCGUACGUUCUCAGGGAACGGAGUUACCUCGCCUGAAUUACGGACGUUCCGCCAUGCAAAUGCGGCGCUCCAAGCUGAGCUGAAGUAUGGUUCUGCACGAUGGGAUGACGAGGUACUCGGUUCGAAAAUGACCCCUUCAAGCUCAGCAUCUCAAACUUCUCCGGUUUCGACACAUUUCGACAACGAUGAAAAUGUAUUCGGUAUCGCAAUGUCUCAAAAUGGCCAAUUCGAAGCAGCACCAAACGGACGAGCGUACUUGUCACCGCGCCGCCAGAAGUUUGGUGAAGGCGAGUUUGCUCAGCAACUCGAAUCACUGGGCCUCACACGUGCAGACAACAAUCCCCGAAACCCGCGCUCUUUACCCUGCAGUCCAGCUUUUCCACAAUCCACGUCCACAAAAGCCGUGAACAUCAUCAACUCUGAGCGCACUCGAUCUCCUGAAAACGACCCUCGCAUGCUUUUUGGCUCGGAAGACACACAUCUGCCUUGGAUAAAGCAACUGAGCCCAACACAAUUUACGCAGCACGUCUCACCGCAGAUGCUGCCACGUGGUUCACCGCCGGCGAAGAGCAUUUGGGAGGCCGAAGACGACGAAUUCGAUCGGUGGCCCACGGUGGGGCAGGCACGGGAAGAGCUGGAAGUUGUUCGCCGGAAUGCCACUCUCAAGCGCAACACUUUUGUCAGGCCUGCGGAGCCAAAACUGAGCGUCGCCGAGCAAGUGGCUGAAGCUAUGAAGACGCCACUGGGUGAAAACGGCCGAACUGUGGAUGAGCGGGAGCAGUUGAUUCUUGAACUAGGGGACAUGGACUGUGGUAACCCUUGGGCUCAAGAUGCACACGACGAUAUCUUCGUUCCGUUCUGCUCUCGUGCUUAUACAGCACUUCCUGCGAGUGCCCCAGCGCGACAUAUGCACGUCCUCGACGCCAACUCAUACGUCUCCAGCACAGAUGAUGUGGUCAAGAAUGCGCGGCCACGCCUUUGUGACGCAGUAGCCACAAUCCUGGCGUAUACCAGCCUCAAGUGCCUGGAAGCUUUCCUGGACCCUGAGGUCGAGGUGUUCGAGUGGCGACGUCUUGGAAAUUGCGUUGUGAUCCGUCGUCAGGGAAACGAAGUCCUCGUGGGUAAUUACUACAACUUCGGCACUACGUACCAGUGGGGUUACCUUGUUCGCUCGACCAUCGACAAGAAUGGAGCGUGGUCAGAGACCUACGCAUCGGUGUCGCAAGGGACGACACCUGUAACGAAGGAUCGAGUGCUGUUCGAAGAGUUCAAAGGAGAGGAUACCCAUUGGGAUGUUAAGCCUGAUAACGAGGAGUUUGCGCUGUACUCCGGUCGAGAACUUGCUAGAUUCCUGCUCCGCUGGUCGGUCUGGGACUACAACAAGUGGUGGCGGUACAAGAUCGAAUGGGAGGUAGACGGGAAGGUGACAAAUGCGCGGGACCAUCAUCGAUAUCCGGCAGGUCUUCUGGAGUAG